CUGAUCGGGUAGUUUCUUCCUGAUAAAAGUUUUUAAAAGUUUUGACGAUAAUGGCAACCAACAACUCUACGACAAUUGUCGGCGCGGGACCAACAAAAGCUGCCGCUAAAUCCGGAUCCCAAACGCAACCUCAACCCAAACUAGCUUCCGCUCCCAUCCGCGCAGCCAUUCUUGACGAUCUGGCCAGCAGAUUUAUCAUCAAUGUUCCGGUACAGGAGCGGAACAACAUGAUUCGAAUUUGUUUUCAAAUGGAACUGGCCCAUUGGUUUUAUUUAGAUUUUUACACCUGCCAGGGGUUUCCAAAAUGUGGCAUCAAACAAUUUGCCUUCCAAAUGUUUCAGCACAUUCCAUUCCUGAGUAAGCAUUUGGAUCAAGUGGAAAAGAUCCUUGAAGACUGGAAAUCGUACAAACUAACGGUGCCAACUUACGGGGCUAUUUUGAUCAGCGAAGACCUCAAGAACUGUCUUCUUGUUCAAUCGUUCUAUUCCAAAUCGUCUUGGGGUUUUCCAAAAGGAAAGAUCAACGAAGGCGAAGAUCCGAUGCACUGUGCUAUUCGUGAAGUAAAAGAGGAAACUGGGUUUAAUGCGACCAAUCUGAUAGUCCCGACCGAUUUCCUCGAGCUGACCAUCAACGAUCAGUACACCCGGUUGUAUUUGGUCUGUGGAGUGCCACAAGACACAGUUUUCGUGCCCCAAACGCGUAACGAAAUAAGAUGCUGCGAAUGGUUUCCGAUCGACCAGCUCCCGGUCAACAAGAAUGGCAACAUGGUGAAGGACAACCUCAGUAUGAAUGGAAAUUCAUUCAUAAUGAUUCUGCCGGUUGUAAAAAGGUUGAAAAAAUGGAUUAACAAAAAGAGGGAACAGCAGCAGGAUGACGUUUUCGAAGGCAAAACUGGGCCAAACCAAUCCGGCAGUGCAAACCGGCAACAGCGACAGCGACAUAAGUCGAUGGGUGACCUGGAUCAACAGCAACGCACCAAAUCCAGUGGCUCUCAGCAAUAUUUCCCCAACAAUCAGCCGCAAAUACUGCAGCAGCAGCCCAAGAAUACUCCAAAUGAAAACUACCAAGAGUUCACGGCUGGAAUGGGAGACCCCAAUGUGUCCACCUCGAAUAAGAAACCCAACCUACAAAAACAAUUGAGUCAAACCACCAACAACAGCAGUGGAGCAGCAGGGUUGAAUGUCAGCGUUGGACGAUCUCAAACCAAAAGGAAACUUUUUGAUACCGUUACCACCAAGGAAGAUCGACUGGCGAUUUUUAACGAAAAUAAGACGUGGUUGGGAUUCAAACUUGACUAUAGUAAAUUUUUCCAGUGAAGUUCGGACGAUGUUAAUUUUACAUACUUUUGCAAUGAUUUCUGACACAUUUGACGAAUUGUUUGUUUUUUUUUGACAA